AUGCCCUUGGAUGCUGACCAAAAGAAAAACCAGGUGCAAACAGUGUGUGGAACAAAGUUUUGUAGGUACACUGAGGGAACCAGAAGCUUCCUGGAAUCCAUCAGCUUCAUUGAGAUAGUAAAAGAAAUAUGUGGUGAUGUGCAGGUGUCAGUGGGAGUAUCUGGGUUUUCUGUGAAUGGACCAGCUGAGCCCAUCAUGGCCUUGCUUGGGGAGGAUGUUACUCUACCCUGCCAGCUGUCUCCUGAACAGAGUGCAGCCCACAUGCAUGCCCAGAUCUCCCCUGCUAUGCUGGUGCUCCAGAAUGGACAGGAACAAAGUGGGGAACAGAUGCUGGAGUACCAAGGCAGGAUCAAGUUGGUGGGAGAAUCCAUCAGCAAGGGGGAUAUGGCCCUGCUGAUACAGCACAUGAAGGCCUCUGACAAUGGCCAGUACUGGUGUCAUUUUAAAGAUGGCAAUAUCUCACAGGAGGCCUUCAUGGAACUGAAUGUUAUAGGUUUGGGCUCUUCCCCUCAUGUUCACAUGACAGGACCCAAGGAAGGUGGGAUCCAAAUGCUAUGCUCCUCAGGUGGCUGGUUCCAAAAACCCAAGGUGCAGUGGAAAAACAAGGCAGGAGCAAAGCUACCAUCCCUCCCUGAGGCUUACACCCAAGACUGGAGUGAGGUCUUCCAUGUGGAGACAUCCCUUGUGGUCACAGACAACUCCCUGAGCAAUGUGACUUGCUCCAUCCAAAAUCUUCUCUCUGUUUGGGAGAAAGUGUCAUCCAUCUUCCUCCCAGAGCCCUUCUUUCCCAGGAUGUCUCCAUGGAAAGCAGCCCUGGCUGGGACAGUCCUUGUGCUGGGGCUUCUCCUCAUUGGGAUCAACUACAUUGGCUGGAAAAAAAAUCAAGCCAAAGAGAGAGAGAUAAAGAAAAGGGAAAAAGAAUCUCAUGAAGAACAACAGAUGAGGAAUGAGAAGGAAGUGUCACUUAAGGCUAGAGUUAAAUUGGGGCAGAAGGCAAAUCUCAAGGCAGAGCUUGAACGAGGGAAGGCAUUGUACCAUGAAGAUUGGAAGAAGGCCCUGAUAUAUCCUGUUCCUGUGAUUCUAAAUCAUGGACUGUUUUACCAGAACAUUUCUGACCCAAAGAAAAAAAAAAUGGCAAAAAGAAACACAGGAUCUUCUUCUGGUAGUAAGGAAGGAGACUGCAACCACCUCACACUUCAUCAGAGAGGCUUCACGUCAGGGAGAUAUUGCUGGGAGGUGGAUGUCAGGGACACUGAUGAGUGGGUGCUAGGCGUUUAUGAAAAGUACAGAGAUGAGAUAGGACCAUUUGAAAAACCAUCAAAGAAGAUAUUCAGAGUCUUACAGAAGAAGAAAGGUGAAUACAGGGCUCUUGCCUGUUGUUCACAGAACAUUUUCCUAGAAAAGCCUCUCCUCACAGAAAAGUGUCCACAGAAGAUUGUGGUUUUCUUGGAUUAUGAAGAUAGUGACAUAUCUUUCUAUAACAUGAUCGAUGGUACCCACAUCUUUUCCUUCACUCAGGUCAGUUUCUCUGGGUUUCUCUAUCCUUACUUCACACUUAAAUCCAUGGAGCUCUCCCCAUCGGCAUAA